AUGGAUAAUGAUAAAUUUAAAUUGGCAGUAAAACUUAUAUCUUUUCUGAAACAAAUAGGCUAUCCUAAUGCUUCUUCACUACUACCAGAACAAAUAUUAUGGGCAUUUGAUCAAAGUGAAGCAUAUUCUUUAUUUGAAUGGUUAUGUGAAAAUAUCGAUGUGGAACAAAAUAUUAUUUAUAAUGAACUAAGAACCAUUAAAACAUUAGAAGAUCUUGAAAAAGAAUUAGUAGAAUUGAAUAAGAUAAAUAAUGAAUUAUAUAUAGAAAAUAAAAAAGUUGAUGAAAUGAUUGAAAAGGAAUCUGUAAAGUUGGAUGUAAAUACUGUAAAUAUGAUUGAUUCAGCAAAAGAUAUAAUAUCAGAAAGACCAGGGAAAUCAAAUAAAGGCAAAUACAUUGAAAAACAACAUAUUAAAAAAUUUUUAUAUCAAUGUGAAGAUGAAUUAAAAGAAAUAAUUGAUGCAGAUCAAGCAUUAUCGCAAGAACUUGAACAAAUCCAUGAAAUCAAUCAUCUCAGAAAUUCAGUUGUUAAAGAAGAGCAUAAAAAUUAUGUAGCAAUUGCAGAAUUUGAAUACAUGAAGAAAUAUUUACAAGCGUUAGAAAGUGAAUAUAUGAAUUUAAAUUCUUUACAAUUUGAUCCAAACAUUUUAGAUUCUGUUAUCGAAGAAAAUGCAAAUAAAAAAAUAAUGAUCGAACAACAAUAUAAAAAAUUACUUUAUUCAGAGAUAGAAGAAAAGCUAAACAUUCUUGCCAAAAAAGAAAUAGAAGAACCUAUAUUAAAAGCUGGUUAUAAAAAUCAAUCGGAUAAUCAAUGUUUAUUGAUAGAAAAAUUAAAUUGGUCACUUAUGUCAGCAUCAGAUUUUAUAGAGCCUAGAUUAGAAAAAAGAAUAUUAGAAAGCAAUGAUACUAUGUUAAUGUCAAUUAAAAAAUUGGUAAACCUAGGUGAUGAUGAUGAUCCAGAUAAUCAAACAACCUUGAUUAAUAAUUUGAAAGAAAAAAUCGUAAAGAUUGAAGAUAUUAGAAACGAUGAAUUCCUUAGAAUUGAAGAAGAAUCAAAGGCACAACAAAAUUUAAGAUCGAAAAAGAAUUAG